AGGCGGGGGCUGGCUUAAUAUAAGAGAGAACUGUUCAGUGCUCUUCUCAGACCAUGCAAUGGCCAUCACAGGUUCCGAGACUCACUCCACCGCCAAAGUCCCUCCUGUAAUGGACGUCUUGUCCGUAAAAUGUGACUCGUGCGGGUUCACAGAGGAGUGCACCCCUGCAUACAUUCUUCGUGUCCAGGAAAGGUACCAAGGCCGGUGGAUAUGCGGGCUGUGUGUCGAGGCUGUGAAAGACGAGGUUCUAAGAUCGGAGAUGCUCAUCUCCACCGAAGAAGCACUUGAUCGACACAUCACUUUCUGCAUGCAAUUCAGAUCCUCGUGCUCUCUGAAACAAGCAGAGCACCCUAUCUCCGCCAUGGGCAGGAUUCUCAGGCGAAGCUUGGACUCCCCGAGACUGCUUCGAUUCAGUUCAACUGCAGAUUUGCAUGCGGCCGAUGGGUUCGGACUUCGGGUCUUUUCCGGUCCGAAUGUUGUGUCCCUUCUCUGAACCGUUAAUGGGUUAUUGAAAAUUUGAAGAG